CGCCCACACAGUCGGUCGCAGCCGGCAACCUUGCCGCGCUCGCUUGGCCGCGCUCGGCCCGGCUAGCAGGUAGGAGCUGCUGAGGGACGCCGGCCCCCGGCCCCAUCCGCGCCGCGUGCGCCCGCUUCGAGCAGGGCUCACGCACAUCACCACCAUGAGCGAGGCAUUUGACUGUGCGAAAUGCAGUGAGUCCCUGUAUGGCCGCAAGUACAUCCAGACAGACAGUGGCCCCUACUGCGUGCCCUGCUAUGACAACACCUUUGCCAACACCUGUGCUGAGUGCCAGCAGCUUAUCGGGCAUGACUCAAGGGAGCUGUUCUAUGAGGAUCGCCACUUCCACGAGGGCUGCUUCCGCUGCUGUCGCUGCCAGCGCUCUCUAGCUGAUGAGCCCUUCACCUGCCAGGACAGCGAGCUGCUCUGCAAUGACUGUUACUGCAGUGCCUUCUCUUCACAGUGCUCUGCCUGUGGGGAAACUGUCAUGCCUGGCUCCCGGAAGCUGGAGUAUGGAGGCCAGACGUGGCAUGAGCACUGUUUCCUGUGCAGCGGCUGUGAGCAGCCACUGGGAUCUCGUUCCUUUGUGCCCGACAAGGAUGCUCACUACUGCGUGCCCUGCUAUGAGAACAAGUUUGCUCCUCGCUGUGCCCGUUGCAGCAAGACGCUGACCCAGGGUGGAGUGACUUACCGUGAUCAGCCCUGGCAUCGAGAAUGCUUGGUCUGCACUGGGUGCCAGACACCCCUGGCCGGGCAGCAGUUCACCUCUCGGGAUGACGAUCCCUACUGUGUGACCUGUUUUGGAGAACUCUUUGCACCUAAGUGCAGCAGCUGCAAACGCCCCAUCACCGGUGGGACAGGACUCGGUGGAGGCAAGUAUGUGUCCUUUGAAGACCGACACUGGCACCACAGCUGCUUCUCCUGUGCCCGCUGCUCCACUUCCCUGGUGGGCCAAGGCUUCGUGCCGGACGGAGACCAAGUGCUGUGUCAAGGCUGCAGCCAGGCAGGGCCCUAAGUCAAGGCUCCUGGGCCUGGGCUUUCCCGAACCAGGGCUCCAGGACUUUGGCUCCUUUUCUGAACCACUUAAGACCCAGCCUCCCCCCAGAAUGGGGUUUCCCCUGGGCUCCAGGAUUCAGUCUCCUUACUGGUACUCCCUGACCCAGGCCCACGAAUCUGGGCUCUUAUGGAGCCUCUGUGAUGCAAGCCCGCUUUCCAAAUUUGGAGUCCAGAACUGGGCCCUCUCCCCUAAAAUCAGGGUUCCCAGACCAAAUCCUUUCCCAAACCAGGGUUUUAGACUCCAACCUUCCAAACCUGGACUCUGGGCCUAGGCCUCCAUAAAUCAAGACUUCUCUACAUAGAUUUUAGGUCUCCUACAGGUGCCGAAGAAGUCCUCAAAAGUAGGCUACUCGGGCUGACCUCACCUCCAUCCUACCCCUUUCCCUAGGGCUCGUGCUCUCUGGGCAGAUCAGAUAACUGGUUAGAGGGUCUUAAGGUACUGAGUACUUCCCAGCCCGUGUCCACCAAGCAUGUUCCCAUUUUAUUUUAGCUCAUUUUGCCCAGAGAUGGGCAGAGGGGGAUUUGGCUCACCCCCCUUCCAGAUUCUGCAAUAAAGCAGUGUGUGGAAGCACA